CUUAUAUAAAAAAUAUAAAUAUAUAUUUGUGCUAUAUCUUUGAGAUAAUGUCUUAUGGGCAUCAUGAGAUUUAUGUUCGACGGGCAUGGAUGUAUCAGCAUAAAGAUUCAAAUGGAAUGGUGACGUCGGAGUUUGUUGAUGGACUAGAAGAAUUCUUGGAGAAUGGAAAUCAGAUGUCAUUGACGCAGUAAAGUGGUGAGAUACCUUGCCCAUGUCGAAAAUGCAAAAAUGGUAAACAUUUUUCUGUAAGAAUCGUCGGAAAGCAUUUAUAUAAUAGGGGAUUUAUACCAAAUUAUUAUGUAUGGUUUUGGCAUGGUGAGACAAAUAUGGUGAAUGCAUCGUCUAGUGGUACUAGUUUUCAGCAUGUAGAAGAACCUCAUAUAAAUUUUGAGCAUCAGUUUGAUUAUGAUCAUCAAAGUCAUACUAGGUUUCAUGAUAUGGUCCACGAUGCAUAUCAUGAGACAUCAACAUUAUCUGAUAACAUUGAAGAACCAAAUGUAGAUGCUCAACAAUUUUAUAAUAUGUUAGAUGCUGCAAAUCAACCACUCUACGAUGGAUGUAGAGAAGGAUUAUCUAGAUUAUCACUAGCAUCUAGGAUGAUGAACAUUAAAACAGAUAAUAACUUAUCUGAGGUUUGCAUGGAUUCAUGGGCUGAAUUGAUAAGCGAGAUUUUGCCAGAGGAUAAUUUAGCUGCUGAGUCAUAUUAUGAGAUACAAAAGUUGGUAUCAAGUCUUGGGUUGCCUUCAGAAAUGAUAGAUGUCUGCAUUGAUAAUUAUAUGAUAUUCUGGAAAAAUGAUGAUCAGUUGCAGGAAUGUCGAUUUUGUGGGAAGCCAAGAUAUAAGCCGAGUACAGGGCGAACAAAAGUCCCGUACCAUCGAAUGUGGUAUCUUCCAAUAACGGAUAGGCUUAAACGGCUUUAUCAUUCAGAGAGAACAUCCGCGUCAAUGAGAUGGCAUGCCGAACAUUCACGUAUAGAUGGAGAGGUCACACAUCCAUCAGAUGCAAAGGCUUGGCAACAUUUUAACACGCCUUUGAUCUAUGAGUUACAACAACUUUGGUAUACUGGAGUUAGUACAUUUGAUUACUCAGAGCAACAAAACUUUACAAUGCGUGCAGUACUGAUGUGGACAAUCAGUGAUUUUCCUGCGUAUGGAAUGCUAUCAGGUUGGACAACACAUGGCAGGUUAUCUUGUCCUUAUUGCAUGCAUCGGACGGAUGCGUUUCAACUUAAGCACGGUCGCAAGACAAGUUGGUUCGAUUGUCAUCGUCGGUUUCUUCCAGUAAGCCAUCCGUAUCGAAAGAACAAAAAGCUUUUUACGAAAAACAAAGUGAUCCGUGCACCUCCACCUGUAUAUUUCUCCGGGGAAUACUUGGCUGAGCAACUAGAUUAUUGGGGUGCUCAAGAAACGGCUAAAUGUGGGGGAAAUUGGCAUAUUCCCGCAAAUAUGCCAGAUGGAUAUCUGGUUGAUCACAAUUGGCAUAAGAAGAGCAUAUUUUGGCAACUCCCGUAUUGGAAGGAUCUUCUUUUGAGGCACAAUCUUGAUGUGAUGCAUAUCGAGAAAUUUUUUUUUGAUAACCUCAUGUAUACACUUUUGAACGUGCAGGGACGAAGUAAAGACAACUUAAAAACCAGAUUAGAUUUGCCUGAUAUAUGUUCACGACCUGAGUUGCAUCUUACAAGAGAUGGGAAGGUUCCAGUUCCAAUUUUCAGAUUAUUUGCGGUUGCAAAGUCAACACUUUUUGAGUGGGUUAAGUCGGAUGUUACAUUCCCAGAUGGUUAUGUUUCUAAACUUUCGAGAACUGCCGAGCAAGGGCAAAAGUUUUCAGGGAUGAAGAGUCAUGAUUUUCAUGUCUUUAUGCAACGUCUAUUGCCAUUUGCAAUGGCAGAGCUAUUACCUCGGAAUGUUCAUGAGGCAAUUGCAGGUAUUGGAACUUUUUUCCGUGAUCUUUGCACAAGGACUCUGACGGAAGAAGGAAUACAUCAACUAGAUAAUAACAUUGUGAUCUUGUUGUGCAACCUCGAGAAAAUAUUUCCUCCUUCCUUUUUUGACGUCAUGGAACAUCUACCCAUUCAUCUACCGCAUGAAGCAGCCCUUGGAGGUCCAGUUCAGUUUUGGUGGAUGUAUCCUUUUGAGCGAUUCAUGAAACAUCUCAAAGGAAAAGCUAAAAAUCUUGCCCGAGUUGAAGGCUCAAUUGUUGCGGGAAGUUUAACUGAAGAAACUUCUCAUUUCUCCUCCUACUACUUUGCUCCUACAGUUCGAACCCGGAAAAGAGCCCCACGACGUUAUGACGAUGGUGGUGUUGCACCAGUAUAUGCUGUUUCAGGUGUUCCUGAUAUAUUCGCCCAAAUUGGAAGGCUUAGUGGACAAAUAAAAGAAGUUUGGUGGUCAUCAGAUAAAGACAGGCGAAGUGCACAUACAUAUAUCCUUCUCAAUUGUGAUUACGUUCAACCAUUUGAGAGCAUUUUCGUUACACAAGUGAAAGAAACAUUUCCCGAUGUUUCUGAGAAGGAAAUAGAAAAGCUAAAAGACAGAGACUUUGCAGGAUGGUUAAAGCAAUAUGUACAUUAUGGGACGGAGAUAUAUCCUGUUUGGUUUCAUGAGUUGCUCCAAGGCCCUAUCACAAGGAUUACUACUGCGCCCAUGUACUUCACCCGUGGAUAUGUUUUUCAUGUGCAAGCUCACGGUCAGAACAAGGCAACAACAAACUAUGGUAUUUUAGUUAGUGGUGGAACGGAUUACUACGGAGUGCUGCAGGAAAUCAUAGAGGUACAAUAUCCAGGGCUGCUUAAUUUGAGAUGCAUAUUAUUCAAAUGUGACUGGUAUGAUCCUGUGAUCGGUCGAGGUGUGAGAACAAACAAUCUUGGCGUUGUUGAUGUCAAUGCAUCAAGAAGGUAUCAGAGAUUUGAACCUUUCAUUCUUGCUUCUCAAGCUCAACAAGUCAGUUUCAUUCCAUAUCCAAGAAUUCGGGAAACUGGGGUAUUAUGGUUAUUUGUCAUUAAAAUUGCACCUAGAGGACGUAUUAUUGGAGUCUCUGAUGAAAUACCAUUACAAAACACACAAGGGGAUAUUUAUGUUCCAGAACAUACAGUCGAGAACAUCAUACUUAUUGAUCAAAACAAUCGAGAAAUUGAAGAGGCUGGUGAUUACUCUGAAGUUGAAGAUGUAGACUCUGAUGAGUUUGAUGAGAACUCAGAAUAAAAUGAUAGUUCUGAUGAUGAAGAAUGUGAAACUUGAUAUGAUUGUAUUUAUCUUGUGGAUUAUGUUCAAUAAAGUUUGAAUUCUUGUUUUCUAUA